AUGACACAGGACCAACAGACACAGCUGGACCAAAUCACCGCCACCAGCGAGGACGGGAAGUGGUUCGCCAUGUGGUCCGUUCUGUUCCCCGACACCGAUCCCCCGUCAAGCCCAUAUGCCGAUGCCGAUGACCUGGGCGGGUUCAUGGCUGGAGAAGUGCAUCGCUUGUGGAGGCCGCUGUACAGGGCGCUUCUCCGACCCUUCAUGGACGACGACCAGUUCGAGCGGUACCAUAACCUUCUUAUGCGCACUUCGAGUUCGUACUUGUCAACUUUCUCAAGCUCGCUUGCCGGCCGUGGUCCAAUUCCAUACGCCGAUGGGCAGCCAUCGUCAUUAAAUCCGUCUCUCGAACAUUGGGUCCAGAAUAUUCCUGAAGAGCUCCCGAACAAUACUGGUCGGGGGUUCUCACCAGUCAUGAGUCCUAGCGCCUUUCUCCCCGCGACGCCUCAGGCCGGUUCUUAUACCUUGCCCGAUGAUGACGCUAGUCUUGAUGCUAGUUCUUCCCACACAAUUGACUCGACGGGUAACCUUAGUAUACCACAAGGAAUGCCGGAUGACCCCGAGAACACGGUAGACGGACUGAUGCGGCCUGAAGAGGCGCCCCAUCUCAUGUCGGCCUUCACAGCAGGCCAAUUUCCCGUCCACAACAACCAGUAUACCAACACUCUUCCUCCGGUAAACCGAUACCAGGAAUCCAACCCCAAUCCUUCAACCAGCGGCUUCGGGUUUGGGCCAACGAAUUCACCUCUGCAUGCGGGCUACGUCUACGGUCCUCAGAUAUAUGACCCCGGAGUCUUCCAAAACAGCUCAUUGUCCAACUUUUACGGAACUCGCAGCCCCCAGCAGUUGCAAACUGCAGCCAUCGUAGAUCAGCUCAUGAGCCAAUAUGGAGACGGCAACUACACACCACACAUCACGUCCCCGGGAAUGAUCGGCUUCAGCCAAGUUGCAAGGCACCAAUCUGGCGGCCAUGCGCCAGAACCGGUCGGCGACGAUGUUUCGGUCCCUCAGAGAAGGCGGCAGCAUAAUCAAUUCGAACGUACAGGGCCGCGACACUGUUGA